AUGUUCGGAAAAAAGAACCAAACGAAAGCCGAGCUGCAAUCGGGCGAGAAUCCAUUGCAGAACAGCGCCUCCGGGUCAAACCCGCAACAGUCUUCCAAGAUCGUCGAGCGACGUCCAUGGAGGGAUCUCUGGGCCGCCGCUCUGUUCCUUGCAGGCUUGGGUGCCUUCGUCUAUGCGGCCUACCUGGGCAUUCCAAACACCAUCGCUUCGCUCCAGAACCCAGGCAGCCCGACAAAUACGGUGUUCACUGCAGGGGUCAGCUUCUGGCAGGUUAUUCAUCCCAUGAUCACCAUGCUGGCGACUGCCCUUGGCGCGACGCUUCUUGCGGUCGGUCUGAUUCAGGCGAUCCCCCGGUUCAUGAUGAACCUCUUCUAUGGCGUCUUCUGCGUCUUUAUUAUCCUGAUUGGUGCCUAUGUGAUCUCUUACGGCGGCGUCAGGAACAUAGUUUCCGGCUGCGUGGUGAUCAUCCUUGCGGGGCUGUACGUUUGGGGUUCCUUGAGCUUCUAUGAAACUAGCGAAGGUGUCGCCAACUUCUACAAGGCCUCAUCGUAUAUCACUCGACAGUUCCCGGCCACGAUCUUUGCUUCCUUCCUCGGCAUGAUCAUCUCCCUGUUCUUCAUUGUGACAUGGCUGGCCACAUCGUACGGCAUCACGAACAUUGUUCUGAACAAAUACUUCACCGUCGACCCAAGCUCUGGCCAAAUCGUGCAGUCCAACAACACCAUGCUGAUCUCCGUGCUGGUUGGCCUUGCCCUGAUACUCUUCUGGACCCUCCAAGUGAUCCAGAACGUUGUCUAUGUGACUUGCUCGGGGCUCCUGGCUCUCGUUUUCUACCAGGGAACCCUCGAUGCCUCUGGGAAAAUCCACAUCCCGACACAACUCCCCACCCUCAGAGCCGCCGGCCGAGCCCUAACCAGCAGCUUUGGCUCGAUCUGCUUUGGCUCUCUCCUGAUCUCAAUCAUCCAGACCCUCCGCUAUCUGGCAAACAUUGCACAAAACAUGGGUGACGAUAACGGCGACAACUUCAUCCUGGCCCUGAUCCGGUGUUGCCUGAUAUGUAUUCUGGUGAUUCUGCAGGAUAUCCUCUACUACUUCAACCACUUUGCCUUUGCCCAUGUGGCCGUCUACGGAGACAGCUUCUGUCAGGCUGCCAAGUCAACAUGGCGUCUCCUCGAGAGCGAGGGACUUGGACCGGUCAUCGUCGAUAACCUGGUUGACUCUGUCGUCGUUCUCGGUGGAGUGACCGUCGGCCUCAUCACGGGCCUGGCCGCGAUUGCUAGCAUCGAGAGCGACAAGUCCAUUCCCCAGACCAACGUCCACUACAUCACCUACUGCUCAAUCGGCUUUGCCCUCGGCGCCUACUGCUUCUUCUCCAUGAUGACCUUCAUGCUCUCUGCCGUCUCAACGACGAUCGUGUGCUAUGCGGAUUCGUCGACCGCAGUCUCCAGGAUUCUUCCCCGAAUCUCCACCAGUUGGCUGUAG